AUGACUUCCGGCGGGGCGGGCGCUCGCUGGAUGACUUCCGGCGGGGCGUGCGAAGUCCCGGCGAUUCCGCUUUGGCGGCGGCUGCGGCGGCGGCGGCGGCGGCGGCGGCGGCGUCAUGACCACGCUCCGGGCCUUCACCUGCGAUGACCUGUUCCGCUUCAACAACAUUAACUUGGAUCCACUUACAGAAACUAGCAUACAUCACAUCCAUGUUCCUGGCAGGAGGAUCAACAGAGGGGAAGUAUCUUGCCCAUUGGCCAGAGUAUUUCAUUGUUGCAGAGGCACCUGGUGGAGAGUUAAUGGGCUAUAUUAUGGGUAAAGCAGAAGGCUCUGUUGCUAGGGAAGAAUGGCAUGGGCAUGUCACAGCUCUGUCUGUUGCUCCAGAAUUUCGACGCCUUGGUUUGGCUGCUAAACUUAUGGAGUUGUUAGAGGAAAUUUCAGAAAGAAAAGGUGGAUUUUUUGUUGAUCUCUUUGUAAGAGUAUCUAACCAAGUUGCCGUCAACAUGUACAAGCAGCUGGGCUACAGCGUGUACAGGACUGUCAUCGAGUACUAUUCAGCCAGCAACGGGGAGCCUGACGAGGAUGCUUACGAUAUGAGGAAAGCACUUUCCAGAGACACUGAGAAGAAAUCCAUCAUACCAUUACCUCAUCCUGUGAGACCUGAAGAUAUUGAAUAACCAUGGGCAGUGGUUCUUAGGUUGAUGCUCCAGAUAUUUUGUGGACAAUAUUAUUUUCAUUGGAUGACAUUAGACUUCUGUUAGAGAAAAGUACUCAUUUAAAAGUACUUUAAAGACUUCAAGAAAAUAUUUUAAUUCCUUGUUUCCAGGAAGCAUCAUCAUACCUAUUAAAGCUGUCCACUGUAAUAAAAUUCAGUCAGAAAGGCAGCUAAGUCAGAUGGAAACAUUCUACUAUCAUAGUUCAUAAUAUUCACUAUAUGCUAGGAGGAAAAAAGCCCCAAUCUCCUCCUAAAUUCUAUGCCUGAGAACCACUGCUACAUAAAUAUAACUUUUUUUUAUUUUGUAUUGAACUAUUGAUUGAAGCUUUAAAACCAUAUAUGAAAUAUUAAAUCUAAGAUGUAUAAUAAAGUA